AUGAGUGUGACCAUCGGCUGUGGGUGUGGGCUGCUGGGAAGUGGGCUUCACGUGGGGGUCCACGUGGGGGUUCCCAUCCCUCUGCAGGAGUGGGGCCGGGAGGUGAAUCAGGGGAACAUGCCGGGCAUCCAGAGCACCUUCCUUGCCAUGGACACGGAGGAAGGCGUGGAGGUGGUGUGGAACGAGCUGCUGUUCACCGACAAGAAGGCCUUUAAAGCGCACGAGGAGAAGAUCAAGACCAUGUUUGAGCAGCUGGUGCUUGUGGAUCACCCCAACAUCGUGAAGCUUCACAAAUACUGGCUGGACGUCAAAGACUCAAAGGCGCGGGUCAUCUUCAUCACAGAGUACGUGUCCUCAGGGAGCCUGAAACAGUUCCUGAAGAAAACCAAGAAAAACCACAAGGCCAUGAAUGCCAGGGCCUGGAAGCGCUGGUGCACUCAGAUCCUGUCUGCUCUCAGCUUCCUGCACUCCUGUGAGCCCCCCAUCAUCCACGGCAACCUCACCAGCGACACCAUCUUCAUCCAGCACAACGGGCUCAUAAAGAUUGGCUCAGUCUGGCACAGGGUGUUUGCAAAUGCCCUCCCGGACGACCUGCGAAGCCCCAUCAGGAUCGAGAGGGAAGAGCUACGCAAUCUGCAUUUCUUUCCCCCGGAGUACGGCCAAAAAGCUGACGGGACUGCUGUGGACAUCUUCUCCUUCGGGAUGUGUGCACUGGAGAUGGCAGUGCUGGAGAUCCAGACUAACGGGGACACGCGGGUCUCGGAGGAGGCGAUCAUGCGGGCACGACAUUCUCUGGACGAUCCCAACAUGCGGGAGUUCAUUCUGUCGUGCUUGACCCUCAACCCAGACAAGCGACCAACAGCGAACAACCUGCUUUUCCACCGGGUGCUCUUUGAGGUCCAUUCCCUCAAGCUGCUGGCGGCGCACUGCUUUAUCAACAACCAGUAUCUGAUGCCAGAGAACGUGGUGGAGGAGAAGAUAAAGGAAUUGGACCUGAACAUGGUGAUGGCAGAGAUCCGGAGAGAGGGUCGGCCUGGAGCACAGUGGAGGUACUCGGAGGUCUCCUUCCUUGAACUCGACAAAUUCUUAGAAGAUGUCAGGAAUGGGAUUUAUCCCCUGAUGAACUUCGCUGUUUCCAGACCCCACGCCCUCCCACGCGUACUCUCCCAGCCCCAGGAGGACCCUCAGAAAGCCAAGACUCCCACCCCAGAGCCCUUUGAUGUGGAGACCAGGAAGGUGGUGCAAAUGCAAUGUAACAUGGAGCUGAAUGAAGACAAGACCCAGUGGCACCUUACUCUUCUGCUGAUCCUGGAGGACAAAUUGCAUCGACAGUUGAGCUACGACUUGCUGCCCACCGAUAACUCCAAGGACUUGGCCACAGAGCUGGUGCAUUACGGAUUCAUCCACGAGGAUGACUGUGAAAAGCUGGCUAACUUCCUGGAAAACGCCUUCCACAAAUACCGGUCUUCUCCCUUGUGA